UUAAAAAAAAUUUUCCAGGAAAUUAUAGUUAGCACGUGAUACAACCGUUUUCAGUCAUUUUAUUGCCAUCACAUUAACGAUAAUUGUCAACAAAAUGAGUGAUCCUAAAAUUAAUCAAAUUCGGAUUCGGACCGGUGUGUUGAAAAGGAGUAUCAAAGAAAAACAAUCUUAUGAGCAAGAAUUGAUUCGGGAAAGUGAACGCUUGAAUAAGAUGCGUGAAUUGCAAAAAGAUGAAUAUGAGAUCAAUAAACAACAAGAAAUAAUCAAUGAAACGGCUAUGUUAUUACCAGAUUGUCAGAAACGAAUAACGGCCGCAUAUCACGAUCUACAACAAUUGGUUGAGGGAAUGGGAGAAGAUUAUGCUGAAAAUGAAAUUUAUCUGGCAGCUAAAGCGUUAUUACAAGAAUCUAGCAUUCCAUGAAUAUUCAUCAAUCGUUUUUAAAUCUUUUU